UCUGCCCCACACCAAAGGGCUCCAUCUCGAGCAUACAUACAUACGGACAACCAUUCAUUCAUUAAUACGAAUCAUUCAAAGAAUCUUCCACCCAAUAAUUCCAACUAUCGCUUCACAUUACUCCAAUAAUCCCAAUCCGAUUCCUGCAAUGGAGAUCGUCGACGCCGCCGGUCACCGGCGACAAGAGUCGCCGUCGUCGUUUUUUCUGGGGAUGGUGUCGCCGGAGAACAACAAGCUGUUCGACAAGUACGAGGUGGGUCGCCUCCUCGGCUGCGGCGCCUUCGCGAAGGUGUACCACGCGCGGGAGUUGGAGACCGGCCGGAGCGUGGCGAUCAAGGUUAUCAACAAGAGCAGAAUCGCCGGAAACGCGAAUCUGAUGAACAACAUCAAGCGGGAGAUUUCGAUCAUGAGCCGCCUCCGCCAUUGCCACAUCGUGAAGCUUUUCGAAGUUAUGGCGACGAAGAGGAAGAUCUACUUCGUCUUGGAGUUCGUCAAGGGAGGUGAGCUUUUCGCCAGAGUCGCCAAGGGGCGGUUCAGCGAGGAUCUCGGCCGGAGAUACUUCCAGCAGCUGAUCGCCGCCGUCAGCUACUGCCACCUGCGCGGCGUCUACCACCGGGAUUUGAAGCCGGAGAAUUUGCUGGUGGACGAGAACGGCGACCUGAAAGUUUCCGAUUUCGGCCUCAGCGCGCUGCGGCGGAGCGACGGCGGCGACGACGGGCUUCUGCGCACGCUCUGCGGAACGCCGGCGUACGUCGCGCCGGAGAUUCUGGCGAAGCGAGGCUACGACGGCGCGAAGAUCGACGUCUGGUCGUGCGGCGUCGUUUUGUUUGUACUCACCGCCGGCUAUUUACCGUUCAACGAUCCCAAUUUGAUGAACAUGUACCGGAAAAUUUACAAGGGGGAAUUCCGGUGCCCUAAGUGGAUGUCGCCGGAUCUGAAGCGGGUCCUGACCCGGAUCCUCGACACGAAUCCGGAGACCCGGAUCACCAUUGAUGAGAUUAAGCGCGACCCGUGGUUUCGGAAGGGGUACAGAGAGGUGAAGGAAAUUGGCGGCGGCGGUGGUGGUUGUGGUCCGGCGGAGGAUGAGAAGAAGCUGCGUGAUUUAAACGCGUUCGACAUAAUUUCGUUUUCGAGGGGCCUGGAUCUCUCCGGCCUGUUUGACAGCAGGUACAGGGCGGCGGAGGACGUGGAGCUGCUGACGGCGGAGGAGGAGUCGCCGGAGAGGGUUAUCGGUAAGGUGGAGGAGGCGGUGAAGGCGGAGAACGGGGCGGUGCAUUUGAGGAAGACGAAGGGGUGGGGGGUGGAGCUUGAGGGGCAGAAUGGUAAUUUCGUAUUGGGAUUGGAAGUUCGCCGGCUGACAGACCGGUUGGUGGUGGUUGAGGUGAAAAGGAACGGCGGAGAAGCCGCCGCCGCUCUGUGGAAUGACAAAAUUAGGCCCGCAAUUCAAGUUUCCGGCGGGUAGGGUUGGUUGGAUUUUUUAGGGACAUUUUUGUAUUUUCAGCUGACCAUUUCUGAGAAGUUAAGGUAAAGAUUAUUUAAAGUACAAUUUUAUUUUUUUUUCUGUAAGAGUGAUUGAUUACUCCAUCAUCGAUUGAUUGCUUUACAUGAAUGAUUUUGAUUGGCUAAAUUAUGACAAUCGAGAGAAUGUAAAUGUGGCCACGGGUGGUGGGUGGGUGCGUUCAAAUUGAUGUAAAUUUGUGUAUUGUAAUUAAGACAAAAAAGAGGUUUCGUGUCGUGUA